AUGACCACCGCCAAAGGCAUCACCGUCUUUUCCGGCGGCAGCGCGGCCAACGCGCUCGUCGAAGUCUUCGAGGCCGUGCGCGUCACCAAGUCCUGCCCGCUCAACUACAUCAUCCCCAUCUCGGACAACGGCGGGUCGUCGUCGGAACUGAUCCGCGUCUUCGGCGGGCCGGGCAUCGGCGACGUACGCUCGCGCCUCGUGCGCCUGAUCCCCACGCACCCGCCGUCGACCGAACGGUCGGCCAUCUCCAACCUGUUCAACCACCGGCUGUCGAGCACCAGCGCCGCCGACGCCGCCGCCAGCUGGCAGGCCAUCGUGUGGGGCACGAGUCCGCUGUGGCGCGACAUCCCCGCGGCCAAGAAGGAACUCAUCCGCGCCUUCCUCAACGCGCUGAACCUCGAGGUCGUCAAGAGGGCGCGGCCCCCGGCGUCGACGUUCGACUUCACGUCCGGCAGCGUCGGCAAUUUGUUCCUCACGGGCGCGCGGCUCUUCUGCGGCAGCUUCGAGUCCGCCAUUUACUUGCUGAGCAGUAUCUGCGCGAUUCCGGAUGCCGAGGUGCGCGUGAUCCCGAGCAUCAAUUCCAACUUCUCCCACCAUAUCGCGGCGGGGCUGGCGAACGGGGACGUCAUUGUUGGGCAGAACAAUAUCUCCCAUCCCGAGGCGAGGACGAAGCUGGAGAUGCCCGUUGUGGGAGUGGGAGUGGGAGUGGGGGACCCUCUGUCACUCUCGCCUUCCGCCUCGCCCUCUCCCUCGACCUCGCUUGGUUCAAGUGCGAUAGCUGACCCUGGUGCUGAGUUCCGCGACGAGAUCGAGGACGCGCAUAUCCCCGGCACGCUUCCUACACUACGCCAGCGGAACAUCAAGUUUAGCAAGGACCACGACGAGGACCUGCCCGCCAGGAUUGAGCGUAUCUGGUAUAUCAACCCUUAUGGACAGGAAAUGCUCCCGCCCGCGAACCCGAGGGUGCUCUCGGCGAUUAAGGAGUCUCAGGCUAUCAUCUACUCCAUCGGCUCACUUUACACGUCUAUUAUCCCGUCCGUCGUCCUCAAGGGCGUGGGCGACGCGCUGCGCUCCACACCCGCACGCCACAAGAUCCUGAUCCUCAACGGGUCUCUGGACCGGGAAACGGGUCCGAGUUCCGAUCCCUUCUCGGCAUUCGACUUUGUCGAGGCCAUUGCGCGGGCUGGCGAACAUUCGUCAGGCCGACCGUGGAGACCGAAGCUUCAUGCCUCGCGGUCCGAGGAUACGCUGAGGUCUUCGGCCCCGCCAACUCCUGCAGCGACUCGACACGGCGGAUUCCUGUUCCCUGCUGCUGCGACGAACGGGCACAUACCUACUCACACCCACACCCGCGACCCAGGCCGGGACGACGUCUAUCGGAAGUAUGUGACACAUGUGAUCCACCUGACUGGGGAGGGCACGCCGCAGGUGGAUCGAAGCCAUCUCGCCUCGCUGGGCAUUGACUGCUUGAAGCUGUAUGGCCGAAAGAGCUCCAAGGGGGUCAUGUUGUACGACUCACAGGCACUGAUCGGAGCCAUUGAGGCGAUUUUGGGUAAGAAGGGCGACGCAAUGACGCUGAGCAAGAGUCGAAGAAACACCGUCGACUCGAACGGCUUUCCACAGGUGCAGGAGGCAAAAGUGAAUGCUCUGACAUCGCCCUGA